CAUCAUUGUUGCAGUGCAGUGUCGAACCCUCGCUCCACUUCAAGAAACAGGACGGUGGCAUCGUUCUCCGAGUAUAGUCACUGACGUCGCAAUCCCUCAGCGGAGGACGGAGGUGCAAUUCAAUGGAGGGGAGCAGCAGCGGCAAGCACUUCAUCCUGGUCCACGGCAUCUGCCACGGCGCCUGGUGCUGGUACAAGCUGGUGCCGAUGCUGCGCGCCGCGGGGCACCGCGUCACGGCGCUCGACCUCGCCGCGUCCGGCGCGCACCCGGCGCGCAUGGACGAGGUGUCGUCCUUCGAGGACUACUCGCGCCCGCUGCUCGACGCCGUGGCCGGCGCAGGCGAGGUCGAGAGGCUGGUCCUGGUCGGGCACAGCCUGGGCGGGCUCAGCGUCGCGCUCGCCACGGAGAGGUUCCCGCGCAAGGUCGCCGUGGCCGUAUUCCUGACCGCCGUCAUGCCGUGCGCCGGCACGCGCCUGGGUUUCACCCUGGAGGAGAUCUUGGGACGGAUCAAACCCGAUUUUUUCAUGGACAGCAAGAGGGUGGUUCUCAACACCGAUCAAGGCCCUCGAGCUGCAGUUGUUCUUGGCCCCGAAUUGUUGGCAGCUAAACUGUACGAGCGAAGCUCAGCCAAGGAUCUGGCGCUGGCCACUAUGCUGAUGAGAGUGGGCAGACAAUUCGUGGACGACCCGAUCAUGCAGGAUAAGACGCUGCUCACCGAGGUCAACUACGGGUCCGUGAAGAAGGUGUUUGUGGUAGUCAAGGCUGACGCUUGCAUGUCUGAGGAGAUGCAGCGCUGGAUGGUGGACCUGAGCCCCGGCACUAAGGCCGAGGAGAUCGCCGGAGCUGACCACAUGGCCAUGUGCUCGAGACCCAAGGAGCUCUGCGACGUUCUGCUCAGGAUCGCUAACAAGUAUGGCUGAGAAUGAAUAGUUGCCUCGAUGGUCAACAUACAUAAGAUGCUACCUUGUGUCCAUUGAUCGAGAUAUAAGACAAUAUUGGGGUUUCAUAUUUAACUGAAUCAGAAAUUGGAUUAUGUACUGUAUAUAUAUCGUGCUGCCGGCCGGCUGAGAUCUUCCGGAGAGGCACCAAGAUCGGAUUUUCUCACUGAAAACUUAGAGAAAAUUUGAUUUAUAGGAUAGAAAAAACAUAGAAAUAGAAGAAGUAUAUGAUUGGAUGUCAUGUCAUGCCUAGUUGAAUUCUAUGAGAAGAUGAAUUCUCUUUAAUUGUAUCAAAAUAAAUUUUCCCCAGGUAUGAUCUAA